AUGGCGAGAAGUUUGUGUCUUUUAUCCGCGUUAGUUUCGCUUCUGAUCUCGGGGCAAAUUUUCGCCGAUGAGGGUUUAGGUAUCUUAGAUAAGUGUAAGAAGAGUUGUGAGCGAAGCUACCCGUUGCACACUUAUCCAAAGGUGAGUUUGAAGAAUCAUUCCCAAGUUGUUUUGUUGUGCAAUUUUUUUGUCUUGUAAAUAUCGAACCAUGCAGUAUACACAUGGAAUUCAACGAACAUCCCCAACUUCAUGCGUUUGUUCUUGCUUGUUCUGUCCGAAAUUGGAGUGAUUUCUAUCGUAUUGAUGCUUAUAUUUCAUAGGAGGAACCUUUGCUUGCUUGUAAACAAGGGUGUAGACUAUCUGUGAUCGAACAGCUGAACGGAGGCCCCACAAAGAAUUAUACUCAAGCGUGUAAAGCAGGUAUAAAAUACGUUCUUUUUACCGAUUAAACGUACUUUUCUUGGUUUUCCUGAGUAGUUCUUUUACCUCCCCUGAAACCGAAGUUUACUGAAAACAUCUUUUAAUAUCUAAACUUGUGCAACUUGCGAGAAAUAUUUGAUAAUUACAUGUAUAAAGCUUAUAAGUAGAAUUUUACAUUCGCCCUUUGUGAAGAAGUGUGUUGUAAUAAUUCAACGUCUAACCAGACCCGAUCAAGCUAAGAUUACUGGAAGGUGCGUUCUGGAGAGAGACGAUCUCGCCUCAAAGCAUAGGCAAUAGUAUAGAUUAGAUCCCAAAUUCAUCAGUGUCCGUCUUAGAAAUAUUCUUUGAUAAUUUUCGUUGCUUGGAAAUAUGAUAUUCCCUCAAUGGCAUUCAUUCCCUUUUCCUCUUCAAAAUGUAACCCCCCCCCCCCCCCCCCCCCACCCUAAAGGGUUGGUUGUUUUUUUACCACAACCACCCUUCUUUACUAUCCCUAACAUCAACUCUUGCGCCCCAGCCACGUUAUUUUUUUUCUUUUGUAUAAAUCUACAUUUUUUAACAUUAUCGCUCUUAUUUAGCAUCUUUUCUCCAUUAUAAUCUUCGAGAACACGAUUCAAUAUUCUUAUAAAACGCCCACAUUUUCGAUAGUCAUUUGCAAAGAUUGUGUUUUUCAUCUGUGUGUUUUCUGCAAACUAAUUUCUCCCCCACGCGACUCCUUCCCCUUUCCCCCAUGAAAAAUUCCCCCCCCCCCCCCCCCUCACUAUGCAAGACAAGGUGUUCAUUAGGCAUCGGAGAUCAGAGAAUUAUCCAUUUACUGUGCAUAAUUCUCCGACUGUAGCUUAUGAUUUUUUUUAUUCAGACAUGAAGCCUCUUUCAAAAUAUUCUCCUGUAACGUUACAACUUUCUCCUACUAGUAGAAUUCUCAAUGAAAACCCUGCAAAGUGGGGCAGGGAACUGGAAGGUUUGCAACUUUCUCCUUCUUUUAAAGCUUAAUGUCCUUACUUCUCAUAAAACUGUUUUCACGUAAGAAUACCCCUCUUUUGGUGAAUGAAUACAUUCUAGAGGCUCAGGAUUAAUUCCGACAAGCAACAUGGCCUUGAAACAGUAACUAAAGACAGCUGAAGUGGUGAAAAAUGGUGCAAAAACAGGACUGAAGCUGCAUGCAACAAAUACCAUCACAUGCAAAUACAGAGGCAGAAUAGUCGCUGACAUGAGAGAGACAUGGCUUUUACAUCAAUACGGUGUAUGUGAAACACAGGGUAAUGAAAUUCAGACCAGGGAUAUGUAACUCUCCCCUCCCCCACCCUAUACUAAAAGGACUUCACUAUUCCUUACCUCAUUUUUUUUGGACAAAAUUGGCAUUUAUAUAUUCGUUUUUCUUCAGGCUGUGAAGAAAGUUAUAAGGACAAAGAAAACAGCUAUGCUUGUGUUGUUGGCUGCAACUCACAAGAUGCUAUUCCAUCACCAGACUCAUACUCAGAGGUAUUACAUAAGACAUCAAUUUCAAAAGUAAUUAAGUAAUAAUAUCAUUAGAAAUUGCGUAGUACAGAGGAAGCCAGCCUUACGACCACCUCAUUAUAGCCUUAAAAUCAUUCUGUCAUCAGUAAACUUAGGCAACAGGAUGGGAGAGGAAGAUGACAGUCAACCUUAUGUGACAAGUGUGACAAUUAGUUUGUUUGAAAAAACCUUCCACCAAACUUUACAUUCCUUUAAACAGAUCUUUUUGUAGAAGAGCAAAAGACAUCAGUGUUAAAUGAAUUCCGACAAAACAUGCAAGUAAUAGCCCGGUCGCGUUUGUCACACUCAAGCGUUUUGCCAUCCUCUUUUUUCUGCUGUCCUGUUGUGUUAACCCACUAUUUUCUUUUCCGAAAACCUUGUUCAAUUCAACACCACUUUGAGCCCAUCUUUUUUCCAACCUGGCUUUCAACCAAAAAUUAUAUUAUCAUAAAGUGGGUUGAGUAAGCUCUUGCUGUGACAGCUUUUUCUCUAAACACUAUGAUUUUCCCCUCUCUUCAAAACCAACACUUCCAAGUUCCAAUUCAAUCUGGAAUGGACAGACAUGUUUAAACUACUUUUUUAAGAACUCUUAAUUGCUGCAUGGGUAAACAAGUUACAUUAAUAAUAAUUUAUUAUUAUUUACAGUACUUUUUUUAUUUCCUUGGUAUUUCUUGAAACCUCUAGGAAUAUUUUCCUGAUCAGUGGAGUUUCCGUACAUACAUGGUGUAUGUCUACCCUGUUCUCGACUUUAGCAAGUACUGUCAUGGCUUCGUGAACAGAGUAGGGUACUACUACAGGAUGUCAGCCUCAUACUAUUAUAACUACGGUGACAGCAAUAGCCUUAUAGUUGAAAUUAAUGAGCAGCCUCGUGAGUUCAUCAGUGUUCCUAAAUUUGAUGAGGUGGACUUUGUUGAGAAUGAUGAUGCUCAGGAUAGCAGCUAUAGCGGUUAGUAACCAGUAUUCAAGUUACAGUUAGCAAUCGUAAUUUGCUGUAAUGUAAUUUUUGAACCUGAACAAUAUAAAUGAUAAUGGCAAUAGGACUGAGUGUAGUCCAAUUCGGUCUUUAAUAAUGGAGACCUUUAGAUUCUAAGACGAGUACGACUAUGAGUACAAGAAAUUAGAUUUUCUCAGUACUAAGUAGUGCAAGCGUGUGAAUCAGCGUCAUUUUGGUGGGAAAACUUGGUAGCUGUCGUCACUCUACUACGAGUUUUAGCGAGAAUGUCGAAGUAGCUGAAACAAGUUAUCAAAUGUUAGAAGUUUUAUCAUUUUGCGAUCGGUAGAGGGUGCAACCUCCUUCACGAAAGGUAACAGCACUAACUUUUCUAGUGAAAAAUGGUAAAAUGAAGCUUUUUGAGCAGUGUAUAUUUUGAGAAUACGCGAAAAACUUGAAGUCAAAUCUCGUACACGCAGUCGUUCUUGUCCUUGAAUCCAAAGGUCUCUAAUAUGAGUAAUCAACAAAAUCAGACAACCGUGUGGCAGAAGUCGGAAGAUGGAUUGAAACACACCAAUGGCAGUCUUCACAGCCAACAACAGUCAUCAUGUCUUAAUAACUGAGAGAUGACCAAUAGCAUUGUGACUUAACUGACCAAUCAGGUCAAUAACCAUCAACUGAUGAGAUACAACUCACUUUGACUCUGAAAAAGACUGCUGCACAAGUUGUCAAAAUGUCAGUCACUGUCAGCAACAAUCCUGUUUGGGACUGCAAUCACUCAUACGAUCAUGCUUCUCUUACUUAUAAGGUCACUACUAUUGCAAUGCAGAGCAAUAAUUGGUUUUAUUAUAUAAACACCAAUGAAAUACCAGGUGAGCUUUUGCUCGAAAACUUGAUAUCUUCACACGUGAAAAUAACAUGUUAUCUUUGCGUGUGAAAAUAUCACCGUUGCUAUGGCUACAUAAUAAAUCGCGCCUUUCACACCAAAAAACUAUUAAAGUGAAAUGGUUUGGUAUUUCAUUGGUGUUUAUAUAAUAUGUUUAUAUAAUAAAUAGAACAUUACAUAGCCGCUUGGAGAUACGAAAUUUCUCUUCGAGUGUUGAAAAAAUAUUUCACUCGUUCGCUGCCCUCACUCAUGAAAUAUUUUUCAACAUUCGAAGAGAAAUUUCGUAUUUCCGCGUGACCAUGUAAUAUCCUCUAUAUAUUGAACUUAUCAACAGUAUUUUAACUAUUGCAAUAAUAGAUAAAAACAUUGAUAUUCAAUUUUAAUUUAAUUUGACCUGCUCUGUAGAUGGCGAUGAUUCCUAUUCAAGUGAUGUUGUGCACAAAGGUCACCAGUGGUUAAGAUGUGUGUCUCAGCGGUCUGGACUUCCUUUCUGGUUGUUAACCUCAACGCUUUUCCUGUCCAUAUUUUUCCUGAUAUGGCUCUGUUGUGCCACUGCUACCACAGCCCCAAAAGAAGUUGGCAAGGUAUAUUCUUGUGGGGCAGUUUGUCUUUAUUCCUAGGUUUUUAUUUUUUAGAGGUUAAAAUUGUGGUUAAUGAAAGAAGACCGAAAAAAUCUCUGCAUUGUUGUUUGCUUCAAAUUUAAUAUAACAGAUAUUGCAAGUAUCUUCAAAUUUGACUGCGAUGGUUGAGAAAAUAAUUUUGAUUUUCUUAAACCUAUUAUACCAUAUAGCAUUAAGUGUCCCUCUUUUGUAGCGAGAGAGUUGGAAUAAAGUCAGCUUGUCUUCCGCUUCACCGGCAUUAGUGUUGUCAGAUAAUAAGGGCCCUAUUCUCACUGACAGUGGAACCUCAAUGUAAUAAACCUCUAUGAUAUAACUAAGUCUUCCGUAUGACAAACAAUAUUCUUCACCCAAGAAAUACAGGGCUGCCACAGUCAGGGAAAAGUCGGGGAAAAACGAAAAUUUUUCAAGGUCAGGAAAAAGUCGGGGAAAAUCUUUAGUAUUGUCAAAGUCAGUGAAAAGUCAGGGAAUUCUGUUUUCUGGUUUAUAGUUCAUAAGUUUUCCUCAAGAUUUUGAAAUGAAUUUUGUUUCGGAGAAGAUGAAAACUGUGCUGCAAAGCAAACAAAGUGAUCAAUUUGACACUCUGUGCCUGAUAGAUGUAAUAGUUGAGGUCAGUGGUUUUCCUUUUGACUGCUUUCUUCCAAAUUCCUUCUUUCUCUUUCUGCAUAUAUAGCGGAAAGAGAUUGAAAAUGAAGAGAAAAGUGUUGAUGGCCUGCAAAAAAAGCUAAAGUGAAUGUAAACAUGGAUUGUUUCUCAUUAAUGAAAGGUCAGUGAAAACUGUUCAAAGGUCAGUGAAAAGUCAGGGAAUUUUUAACUUUCUGAUGAGUGGCAACCCUGAAAUAGUAAAAUACAAAAGAACCUCGUUAUGACAAAACCUCUUUAUGACAAGCAAAUUUUGCCUGUCCCUUGGGCCUUUGUUAUAAAAUAUUAUCAAGCUUCCACCAUACUCAGUUGGAGUGGCACACUAACUCUGUCUUUUCUGCAUUUCUUUUAAAGCCUUCCAUUGUUCGUGAACUCAUGUUACUGGAUGAUGACAGUUUACUGGAGAAGUUGCCUCUGGUCAAGGCCGAUGAGAACGAAGAAGCAGCCCCUCUGCCUGUUAAAGUGCACAUCGAUGCAACUACUCUGUGA